AUGCUCAACACACUGGCCAAAACCACGAAGGCUCCUCGGAGCAUUUUCAACUCUGAGAAGGCGUUCCCUAUGACGCCGGAAGAGAUCACCUCAGAAUGGCUUUCUGAAGCAUUGGGCGUGCCUGUCAAGAGCUUCAAGAUCACGAAUGCCAUCCAUGGCACGGCUUCCAAGAUCUUUCUCGAUCUAGAGUUCCAGGAUGAGGACUCAACCCGGGAAAUUCCCAGCAAGGUCUGCGUCAAGGGCGGAUUCAACCCUGUCAUUCUCCAAACUGUCCCUGAGAUGUGGGCUACUUAUCGUCGCGAGGCGGAGUUCUACCACUACAUUGCACCACAGACCAACAUGUUACUCCCCAAGACUUGGUUCACAGGCACGGACAAAGUCAACGGCCAGGGCAUCGUCAUCAUGUCGAACACGGCAGAGGAAUGCAAGUUCGGCAUGCCUUUGGAACCCUGGACUGCGGAGCUUGUUGAGGGGGCUCUGAAGCAGCUGGCGAGUCUUCAUGGAAAGACUUGGAAUAGGAGCGAGGAGGAAUACCCUUGGCUGUUUGGCAAAGACGGAGUCAAAUUAGAGAACCCAGUUCGUAAAAUUGUGCUCGCCCUUCUGAAUCCUGCACCAUGGGGCGCCCGGUUCGAUGAGAAGUGUCGUCCUCCCGUGGCCGAGUCACUGCUUGAUCGAGAGCGCAUCCAGCGUGGCUUCGAGGCCUUGUGGAAGCACGCUGAUGCCGAUCUCAAGUUCUUUUCCCUCAUCCAUGGCGAUGACCACAUCGGGAACACCUUUAUCACAAACGAUGGGACGCCUGGAUUCAUUGAUUGGCAAGGUCUGCAGUAUGGUCCUGCUAUCCUAGACCUUGUCUACUUCCUUGUCGGGGCAAUGUCUGUCGAAGACCGCCGUGCGCAUGAGGGUCAUCUCAUUGAUAGCUACCUAGAGGCAUUACAUGCAGAGGGAGGGCCUAAAAUGACGCGAGAGGAUAUAUGGGAUGAGUAUCGUCGGUAUGCCAUGCAGGGUUUCCUCUGGGCCAUGACGCCUCAAACAAUGCAGUCCGACGAUGUUGUUUUUGCCAUGAGCGAGCGGUACUCCGCGGCGCUAGUUGAUCAUCAGACGCUCGAGCUUCUGGGAGUUUAA